CAGUGCACACACCUGAUAUAAUAUACUUACGCGUGUACCGUUAUCGGCCUCGGGCUAUACCAUCAUCCUGCAACUCGCGCGCGUAUCGGCGUCGUUAUAGCCGUUGUCUAUAAUAAUAUUAUAACGACGCACAAGUCUCUCCGGCCGCGAGCCCUUCCGCGCCGGCCAAAUUUCGAGAGUGACGUUCGUGCGGGGAUCGCAGUCGAGUCGUCGCCAUCAUGGCCGGGCUGGGCGACACGUCGGGUGACAUACAGCCGAGGACCGAUCACGCCAAGGACAUACUGCAGAUGACCCGCGACUCGGAGAUGAUGCAGAGCUACGUUCGGGUGGGCAAGUCGGACGAGUCGGACGACUGCGGCGGCGGCGGAGGCGGCAGCGAGGGGAACGGCGUGAGCGUCGGCGGAGUCGGAGGUGGCGUCGGCCGAGGUGAAUCGGAUUCGGACGAUGUAGCCGGAGCGACGGGUUACGUGGUCGGCGUCGGUGCGGGCGUAGGCGACGGCCACGGUGUAUCGGGCGCCGGGCGUCCCGGUCGAAAGGGCUGCAGGGUGGCCGCGGGCCGGCGUCAUGGGCGUCGUAGGGGUGGUGGUGGUGGUGGUGCUGCUGCUGGAGGUGGAGGUAGUGGCGGAGGUGGCGGUUCUUUUGGAGGCGGCGGCGGCGGCGGUGCGACCACGACGUUCGACGAGCUGACCGAAGAGUUCAAGACGCGCAAAUCGGGCACCGGCGGCGGAGCAGGCGUCGGUGGCGGUGUUGGCGGAGGUGGUAGCGGUUUCGGUGGCGGCUGGGCCAAGCGGCACAAGCGCGACUCGCGGUCCAGGCUGCUCGAAGAAGUGUACACGGACAAGGACCGAGCGGCCGCUGUUAACCUGGGCACGCGCGACAUCAAAGCGUCGCUGCGCAUGAAACGGCGGCAGGACCGGAACCGGACGCUGCACAUACCGUCUACGGCCGAGUCACCCACCCUGUUGGCUUUGGCCCGGCACUGCGUCAAUGACGUGAGCGUGUCGCUCGAGUUCAUCGACAAGGCAUUGGAAUUGAGUCCGAAUGACAAAACGGCUUUGGUUUCUAGAAGCAAGUGUUAUCUACUUCUCGGGCAACCGCGUUUGGCAUUGAAAGACGCCGAAGUUGCGUUGAACGAGGAUAGCACGUAUCUGAAAGCCAUAUAUCAGAAAGCGGAAGCACUGUACCAUCUCGGCGAUUUCGAACACAGUCUCGUGUUUUACCACAGAGGACUCCACGUUCGACCGGAACUCGAACAAUUCAGACUGGGCGUGCAAAAAGCCAGAGAGGCCAUUGAGAACGCCAUUGGAAAAAUGAAAGACACCGCCGUCGUCAUCCAGCAGGUCGGCUGGGGAGACAAGCGCCAAGCAACCACGACCGGAACAGUCAACGGAGGCGGUAGCAGAGGUUCGACACCUGCCGUGACGGGAUCGACGACGAGGCACAAAGACGCAGCGGCGUCGGCGGCCACCACUAAAAGCCAAUCAAAAAUGUUGCUCAGGGAAUUGUGCGUGGACAAGGACUAUCUGGAACAUUUGACGAUCGAUCCAAAUAUCGUGAGUGCCAUUCAAGAAAACGACAACUAUAUAUUGUCUGAAGCGAAAGAUGGCAUUAGUUUUUUGAACGGCAGAGAAGAAUUCUGGAAACAACAAAAACUUGUCAACUAGAUUUAUUAUAAUAAAUUCUAAAACAAAAUAUAUUAGAUAUAGCCGAUAUAGGUAUACCAGUUUAGGAUAAAAUGACAUUUUAUAGGACAUUUUUGAUUUAAUCUACUAGGUACAUUACUUAUAGUUAUAAAUUUAUAAAUUUAAGGUAAAUAAACUCAUUUGAUACAUAAUUUUUUACGUAGUUUUUUUUUAGUUUAAGAUUUAAUAAGAGCGAGUAAUGCAUUGGUUUUACAAUGAUGUUUUUUUUUAAAUAUAGCUGGUACUUAUUAAUUUACAAGUCGUAACAAAUUAAUUUUUUUGAAUGUUUUUUUAUUUUAGAUUCUAAACGUAGAGAUGAAUGUAUUGGUUUUACAAUGAUGUGUGUUUUUUCUGUAUGUCAUCGACUUUUGGGGUACCUAUCCAUUAAAAAUAUGCUUCGAUUUUUUACUUCAGUAUCUUUUCUGGUAGAAAAGUGAACUUAUUUGGUGUAUUAAAGAGGUCAACAUUUUUUUCAUUUUUUUUAGUGUACCUAUCUACCCUACUAAUAACCACUGAUACUUUAAAUGUUCAUAAAAUUUUAUAAACUAUAACUUAGUAUUUGAUCAAUCUUU